AUGGCAUCCGAGAGAUGUGGACGUACCGUGUCAAGUGAGCAAUAUAAUGUAAAUACAAACAAAACUGAUGUUUAUGACAGUGCAGUUAGUGAAUCGGCCAUCACAGAAAGUGACUUGCAAAAAGAAAAAUCAGUUAAAAACGUCGAAAGAUGCGGACAAAAUAGCUGCCGGAAUUUAAGUGGGUUACUGGCCACGGCGUCAUCAGUGAAUGUUUCUGAAGAAUUGUGUAGCAGUGCGAAGGAACUAAACGACGUCAAGUUAUCGUCGCAGCAGGAAACAAGUUCUCUUCAUGGGAAGAGGAAACGGGUGCAUCACGAUUACAAGAAACUGUCGAAAUCUGGUUAUGUUGAUGAUGCAACGGGUAGGCAUUAUUCUUCGAGUACAUCGAGUGCAAGUGAAAGUGAUACAUCCCCAAAAACGAAAAGGUUAAAUACUGGUGAAACAUAUGGGCGGCCAGAAACUUCGAACAGUGACGGCAGCAGUGGGACGAGAAUACUGGAUUCUGAAAAGCGGAAAGAACACCACAAGAAACACCAUAAAAAGAGAAGACACAGGGAGAGAGACAAAGAAAGAAGUAAUGCUGAAGAUGAGAAGCCGGACAGCUUGACCCACAGUCUUCCGAGGCAGAUCAGCAACUACCUCCAACAAAACAUCGCCGAUGUGGAUGAUCGCAUUCGUAAUGUGGUCAGCCCAGGCUUCCGUCCCAGUGAAAUUGCUGACAAGGACUGCAACAUCGAGCAUGGGGCGUGUAUGGAGCCCCGUUGUCAGAGUACACACCCCAAGGAUCAGUCUCCCCUCAAGGUGCAGGAAGUGGACAGUACCAUAAAAGAAUUGGACUCUGUGGUCAAACAACGGACAGAUGUUGUGGCCAGGUUUUCAAGUAAAGUGAUAAGUGGUAGUGGGCUUUCUCAGGAAUUUCCCAAUGCUAUGUUAUUACCUCAGGGUUUGACUGACACUUUCAGACAUCCCAGGAUGGCAGCCACUGAUGAUGAGGUGGCCAGGGCAUCAGUCAGGAACAAAGAAGAUAAUUCGGCUGUGGAAAGCUGUCAUUGUAUUACUGGUGAAAAUGUUAAGCAGCACCAGAAGACAUGUUGCAAGGGAUGUUUACACCAGGGUGUAGCUAGUGAUGAAGCUCAACAGCAUAAUGUGACCACCAGUGCUCGUAUACAAUGUGAACCAAUGAAUGAAGCAAGUUUGCACCAAAACAGGAGCAGUGAGGCUGCUCAUCAGCAAAAGGCUUACAAUGGUUGGAUCCACCAGGGCAUGAUUGAUGAUAGUGCAACACGAAGGGAGGCUACUAAUCCUGAAAAGCUUCAUGUGGAGCAGAGAGAAACUGAUGUGCUGCAUGGGGAUGUGGCUGGUACUGGCACAUCACACAAGGAGGUAGUGCAUCAUGCAGUACCCCAUGGAAAAGCCAGUACUGCUGAGCCAGUUGAAAGAGCAACCAACGGUGACACUUCAUGUGCUGUAGUUGUCAGUACUGCUACAUCAUACGGGCAAGCACUCAGCAAUAAGACACAACAAAAUAAAGUAGAUAAUGGUGAGAAAUCCAUCUGUGAGACAACUAAGGAGAGUAGGCCUCAUCAGAAGGUAACUGAUAAUGGGAAGCUGCAUGAAGAGGUGUUCGAUGGUGGUGGGACGCAUUGUGAGCAAACCAACUGUGACAAUACAUGCCCGAAGAUGACAAAUGAGAGCUUGAUACAUGUAGCUGUUGCUGUUGAGCAAGGGCUAUCUCAGGAGAAAGCCGACAAAGAUGUUUUCUGUGUGGAUAGUCAGUCACAGAAUAUAGCUAGCGAAGAGGAUGCGCCAUCCAGAAGGAAUGCAGACAAGACAGUACCAGUUCAGGAUGUGGACAGCAAAGACCAGUUGAACAAGGGAGUGAAAGAAGAAGUCAAGUUUUUCCAGGAGAUGAACAGUGAGAGUCAAAUGCGUGAGGAAGCAACUGAUACAGACCAACUGUCAUAUGAGGUGGCGAAUGUCAGGGGGGACCAUAUUCCUCAGGUGGAUGAUGAAGCUCACAUAGACUGUGUACAGCGUAAGGUAGUUGGUGAAGAAAACCUAUCAAAGAAGAUGGACAGUGUGGUAAACACCAAAAGGCAUACAGAAGAGGUAACCAGCCUGGUUGAUCAACAACAGAAGGAAGAGAGUGUAGUCCAUUCCAGACGAGAAGAAGAAAGUGAGCUUUCUCCUCAACAUCAGGAAGCCAUUUCUGCUACUUCUUCACAGCAGACAGCUAAUGCAGUUCAUCCAUCGCAGCUGUCAGAUGAUGAUCUCCAUUCUCAGCUGCAAUCUGAGAGUGUAAUACAUCCACCACAAGAGGCCACCAGCUUAAGUUGUUCACCGCAGCAUGCAAACAGUGAAAAUCAAUUCCCACAGUGUCCAGAUAGCCCCAGUGAUUGCUUUCAGGUGACAACCAGCACAGAUAUAUUAUCAGAGACAGCUAACUUGCCUCAUUGUCCAGUUCCGGUUGUUGCUGUUGAUCAUUCCUCACAGGAAGCAAUCACUACUGGAUUCUCCCCAAGUAGGAUAGCCACAAUAGAUAGCUCAAUGCAGGAUGUGAUUAAUACAGACAGUAUUCCCAAGGAUGUAAGUGAGAGCCACAAGCAAGCUGCCACCCCAAGUAAUGUUCUCCACAAGACACCCUCCUUAAGCCAGAGCAUUAGGGACAUUUUGGACACAGAUAUCACUGCUGCAAAGUCAGUAGGUCUAGAUCGACAUACGGAGAAAGUUACUGAUACAGAGCGGUCUUCUAUGAAAGCUACACAUAAAAUAGAUAAGGAUCGUCUCAGCAAAACAGAUAAAGACCGUCAUUCCAAAACAUAUGGAGAUCGUGUGUGUCAUAGGUUAGACAGAGAACGAACUCCUCAUAAGUCAGAUACAGAACGCAUCCUCUAUAAAGUGGAUGCCGAACGACAUUCUCAUAAAUCUGAAAGUGACCGCCAUUUUCAGAAAGUUGAUACAGAACGAACUUCUUCAGUGAUUGAUAGAGGAUACCACUUUGAGAGGUCCCACCAAAGUGACCGUGUCCACUACGAUAGGGCUCCUUAUACCGAGAGACAAGGACACAGUGAACGUGCUUUCCAUGGUGAACGUUCAGGCUACAGUGAUAGAAGUUCCCAUGAACGUGUAUCUUAUGAGAGGUCAACCUUUAGCGACCGAGUAUCUCAUACUGACCGUUCAGUACAUAAACUUGAUAAUGAUAGACUUUCACACAAAUUAGAUGUGGAGCGUACAUCUUACAGAAUAGACAGUGAACGCUUUUGCCGUAAAGCAGACACAGAAAGAACAUCACGUAAGUCAAUUCGUGAUAGAAGUCCAUACAAGACAGAGACUCGCAAAGCAGAAACUGACAGGACACCUCGGAAAACUGAUACUGAGAAAGUAACCCGCUCUUGUGAUACUGAUCGUACUUACCGAAAAUCAGACAGUGAACGACCUCAUCGCAAAUCAGAUGACGAAAGAACUGCUCGUAAACUAGACAUAGAGCGUGGCGUUCGAAGAAUAGACAGUGAAAGAAAUAUUCGUAAGUCUGAAACUGAUCGUGUGGUACGCAAACAGGAUCUUGAAAGACAAGGUCAUAAGUCUGAUUUAGAGAGAAGCAAUCGUAAAUUGGAGUCUGACCGAUCACUGCGCAAAACAGAUGUCAGCCGUUCUACUCGUAAAUCAGAGGUUGACCGAGCAACACGAAAAGCAGAGGUGAAACGAACAACACGUAAAUCAGGCACUGGUUGUAAAGCAGAGAGUGAACGUUCUGCUCGGAAGAUAGACGAAGACCGAAAUGUACGUCGAAUGGAAGAUGCACGUUCAGGAAGGAGAACAGAAGCAGAACGGGGAUCACGUAAAAGUGAGAGUAGCAGGGUGAUAGCCAAGGCAGAUAUUGACAGAAAUGUUCGCAAAUUAGAAUCUGAACAGUCUGUACACAAGUUAGAUUCUGAUAAAAGUGCAAAAAAGGCAGAAGAUGGUCGGGUAAUGCGAAAGAUGGCGGACGACAGGACGGUACACGAGUCGUUUGAUGACAGAUCUAUGAAAAAAAGCCUUGAUCAUUAUUGUACAAAGAAAUGGCUUGAUAGCAUUGCAUUACCCAAGGACAGUGGAGAUGGAAGUUCAUCUAAGGAAAAUGGUGAGAAUACUCUGCAGAAGUUAAAGAACGAUUGUGCUGCACAAAUAAUAGUUUCAGAACUCUGUUCACAAAAAGGAGACAAUAGUGUGGUUGUACCUAAACAAGAAAGUAAGGAAACUGUUUUGGAUUUUAAUAUUAGGGAAAGUGGUGAUCAAGGAAGGCUUAAGAUUGAGGAUAAUUGUAAUCUGCAAAAGACAAGCUCAGAGUGUACUGAAUGGAAAGGAGAGUGUGUCUCAGUUGCAGAAAGAGCAUACGGUGCUACUGAAAUUAUGGAUCAAAAUAAAGAUAGACUGAGACCUUUGCCUAAAUCACCAACAGAGCUGCAUUCUCGUACUUUGAAUGUAGAUGACAAAUCUUGUAUGGCUAAGGCUCAAGAAAGUCAUAUUUCUCCCAGAGCAGCUCUUCUGUCUGGCAUACCUAAGCUACCACCAGUAAAUGCGCCAUUGGAGAUAGGAGGAUUGACUGUUCUGCCCAAGAAAGUAGGACAAGCUGCACACAGUGUUACUCUUGGAACUGGGUUUUGCGAACUGCCUGAUGAACCCGAAGCAGGUGCUUUGCCAGCUGAAAUAGUAGAUGGUUCUGUAACUGUGAGAUCUCAAGUGUGCCCCACGUCUGCUGACUGUAGUACAAUAUCUACUUGUGCCAAUCCUGAUAUUUCUAUGACCCAGGGGCAUGAUAAAGAUAUUGUGUCUAACAGAAUGACAAUGAAGUCUACUAAUGUGAAUAAUUUCCAGUAUGAAAGUGAUAUGAAUUGUUCAUCCGCAAAGUGUACAGUUUCUCUCAACGAUAGUGACAACUUAAAGGAACCCACUCUAUUGAUUAAGGACAACAGAGUCCAAGAAAAUGUUAAACAAGGUUGUUGUGAUUCACUAUCUCAUAUGAAACAUGAGACAAGUUGUACAAUUGACACUUGUAGUGUAUGUUGUAAAUGUUCUUCUACUGGAGCAACAAUUUUGCCGGAUGAACAUGAUCCGUGUGUUUUAUUUACAGAAAAUGAAAAUAAGCACCAUAAAUUUCACAAGCCAUUUACGCAGCUGCCUUCACUUGAUGUAUUAGAUACCCAGCUGACGUCUAAAACUCUAAUCAGACUGCACACAAAGCCACCACACUUGGAUGAGGUGUCAAACUCCUCUUUUGCAGGAUUUCAGUCUCAGAGACUAGACAAUGAGCAGAUGUUAUCAAAACCAGAGGUGCCUCAAGUUGAUCCUUCAUCAGCUGAAGCUGAAGGUCAUGCUUGUGAUACAGAAAAUAAUUACAGUUCAACAGCAGAAUUUUGCUCCAAGUCUAUGGGUGAUUCUGUGUCUGCUGAAACUGAUAUAGACUCUUGUAUCACUGAAAUCAGUUCCUCUGAUGCUAAACCAGAAUUUAAUAUAAAUCCUGUGACAACUGAAAUGGACACCAGUUUAUCAUCUACAAAGUCUGAUGUGUGUUCUGUCCUAUCAAGGCAUGAAGAACAUUCUGGGAAUAAUAAUGGUUUUGCAUUUGCCUCCAUCAAGCAGUAUUCAGAAGCUAAAUCAUUUUCAGGUUUGGAGAAACCAAAUAACAGUUUAUGUAAGUGGGAACCAGUUAUAAACAAUGCACAAGAAGAACAUGCAUCUUCUUUGUCACAUGUUAUCAAUGAAGAAUGUAAAAUUUUGGUAAAACAAUAUAAUUCUGUUUCUUCAGAAUCUGAGAAUUGUUCUGAUUUUACUCAGAAAGAUGCACUUUCUGACUCUAAUAAAAUGGAAAAACACAAAUUACAUGCUGAGAAGGAAGCAAAAUGCUGUAUAGAAAUUUCUGAAUGUGUUCAUAAUAAGUCAAUAGACGAAGAAUGCAGUUCAUCGACUGAUGGGAAGUGUAGCAGGCCCCCAGCUUUGCAAGGGUCCUACACAUCCACAGAAUGCCCAGAGAAUUCUGUUAAUGAAAGUGAGAAAAUACCUAAAUCAGAAAGGGGACCAAGUUCUCGGUCAUCUGUUACAGAAUGUAGUGAUAAAGUUUCUGGUACAAGUCCUGUAAGCUUGCAGCAUUCCAUAACAAGUGCUUCAUGGAAAUCACCUGAAGCAAAUUCUGUGAAUGCUCAGACAAAUGAAGAAGUCAAUGUGAACACUGCAAAACUUGACAGAGACAGUUCAUAUCCCCCGGGAUUUGAAAAUAGUGUAAACUUUUCAGUUGAUGGGAGGAAGACGCCUCUGACAACAGAUGAUGCUGCUGUUUCUUCAACAGAAGUUCAAGAGGAUAAUACAAAGUUACUUUCUGAAUCAAAUAACUCAGUGGUGGUAACAGAACUAUCAGACAUAACUAAAUUGAGUUCCGCUGCACAAAAUAUAGUGACAGAAGAUAUAACAAAUCCAUUGGUAAAUGAUGCUCCCAAAAAUGGAGAUGCUUAUUCAAAAAUGAAAGUUUCUAGUCCGUUGUCUUCUGCAGAGGAAAAUGGAAUUAGUUCUUCAUCUGGAGAUUUAACAAAUGUAGAAGAAGAUGCAACAGGUGAAGUGCUACCAGUUCAGGCAGUGACUGGUCCUUGUGAAGUACAUCCUGCAAAUGAAACAGAUGUUGGAACUGAAACAGUGUCAUCUCAAAUGGAUGAAUCUAUAAUACCAGAAAAAGAGAAAUUUUGUGGUUUUGAUAGUGAUGUGAAGGCAAAUGUAUUGUCUUCAGAAAGCACAGAAUCUCUUUCUUUAGCACAUGUAGACUGUGGAACUUUGUCACCAGCACAAGUAGAACGUUCCCAAACACCCACUCCAGAUACGUUGCCAUCUACAACAACUCAUACUUCUUCAUUACUAGAUACAGACUGUAGCAAUUCUCCACCUAUGGUAACAGAUCCUCCUCAGUCAUAUAGCUGCAAAACCACACUAAGUCCAUCAGUUACAGAUAUUCAUGUUCCUUCUGUUGAUGAACCUACUCUCACAGAAAAAAGUUUGCCUGAACCAGUGGAUAUUAAGGGUACAGAUGAAAGUAAACCAUUCGGUAAUAUCCAGUGCAGUCAUAGUAACAGCGAAGCUGUUGCUUCUAAUGUUGGCUCUGUUGUAAGUGUUGGAUCAGAUAGCAAACACAGACAUGAACACACUUCAGGGAAUGAACACCGGAAACAUAGGCACAGUAGGAGACAUUCAUCUCGACGCUCUAGUAAGGACAGAUCAGAGCAUAAAGAGAGAUACAGAAGAAGCAGUGGUGACACUCAUGAAAAAGGUAAUCACGUUCAUGAUUCGACACUAAAAGAUAGAUCUGACCAUUCAUCCAGUAGAGAAAAUAUAAUCAAAGAUCGCCGAAGUAGCAGCUCAUCUGAUGUAAAAAUCCGCUGUUCUGAAUGUCACAGCAGGUCAAAAAUUAAACGAGUAAAUGUUGGUGUCCAGUGUCGUAGGGACAAAUUAUCUGAUAAGAGUGAGAAGUCAGAUCCAGGAUCAUCAGAAGUUCCCUCGGGUCCUAAGACUAACUUUCAAACUAAACAUUAUUCAUUACCAAGACCUCCAUCGUGUUCUCAGUGUGGUGUUGAUAAUCUGAAAUAUGGUAAAUUUAUUCGCAUUGAAACAUAUGCCAAUGGAGGUGCUACUGUUGUCCAUAUGUAUCAAGAUGAAAUUGAUUGCCUGAGCAAGUCUGAGAUGGAGGAGCUGGCCAAAGAAUAUUUUAAGGUAGUUUUUGCUGAAGACGAGGGAGGUUUCGCGCAUCAUGUAAUGGGCAUUGUACAUGAUGCUGCAACUUAUCUUCCAGACUUGUUAGACCAUAUGGCCGAAAAUUACCCAAACUUGACUGUAAAAAAUGGUGUUCUUGGAAGAGGCUCAGAUAUUGAGACGACCACAAUGGCCCAUUACAGAGAACAGGUUUUGAAGCAUUAUGCAAGUGGAACUGUUAGGUAUGGACCUCUGCACCAGAUAAGUUUAGUUGGCACAGUUCAUGAAGAAGUUGGUGGUUUCUUCCCAGACUUCUUGGCAAAGUUGGAAGAAAAUCCAUUUCUAAGAAUGACAAUGCCAUGGGGUCCAUUGUCCGUUGUUAAAAUGGAAUCACCUCAAGAAUCAAAUGAUGGUCCAAUUCUUUGGAUUAGACCUGGAGAACAACUGGUACCAACUGCUGAAAUUGGGAAGUCACCAGCAAAGAGGAGAAGAACUGGUAUAAAUGAGCUUCGAAAUCUGCAGUACCUACCACGACUAUCAGAAGCUCGGGAGUACAUGUUUGAAGACAGGACAAAAGCACAUGCUGAUCAUGUUGGACAUGGACUUGACAGAAUGACAACAGCUGCUGUUGGUGUUUUGAAAGCUAUCCAUGGGAACCAACCAAGUGAACACAACCGUAUUACUAAAGAUGUAGUAGCAUUUUAUGCUGGCGACUUCCCCGAACUCGUGGAAAAAUUGCAGUUGGAUCUUCAUGAACCACCUAUUUCUCAAUGUGUCCAGUGGCUAGAGGAUGCAAAACUUAAUCAACUUCGGAGAGAAGGAAUACGUUAUGCUAGAAUUCAACUUUGUGACAACGAUAUAUAUUUUCUGCCACGCAAUAUAAUACACCAGUUUCGAACUGUGUCAGCUGUUACAAGUAUUGCAUGGCAUGUGCGUUUAAAACAGUACUAUCCCAGUGCGACAAGCCGUAAAGGUAAAAAUUCUAGAGUGGGUGGAGAUCAACAUCAUUGCAAAGACAAGAACAUGGAAAAAACAUCCUGUGAAUCUCAAAAACAAGAUUCGAAGAGAGAUUACACUAGAAGUGAGAGGCACAGAAAAGAGAGGCACCAGAGUAAAGUAGAUGAACAACACUCAGAAAUAGGUGAAAGUGAUAAACACAAGAAACAUUUGAGAGAAUAUCAUCACAGAAAACAAAAGAGGCAUGAAUCAGAUGAAGAUGGUAUCAGGGAAAAGAAAAGACCAAAACUGUCUGAGGACAAGUGUAAGUCAGACGACACACAUUUAGAGACAAAGCUUGACUCCGUCUCUGUAGAUAAAAAAGAAAAAAGUGAUACAGAAGAUCCUGAAGAAAAGCACCUCACAACUAAAGUUAUACAAGAAUCUUGCAAGAGGAUAGUGGCUGUUGAUCAACAGUUUGAUUUCAAGAUUGAUUAUUACAAGAAAUCUGAUAACAAGAAAAGACCAGAAUACACCGAGAAGGAAAAUAAAGAAAAGCUUAGAGAUAAAGAUAAAGAUCAGAAGAGGCAUGACAAAAGAGUGAAGUUAAGUAGUGAGGAAUACAAAACAAAAAAACAACACUCUAGUGAUAAUGUAGGUGAGAGGCAUAGGAGGGAACACAGACAUAAUCAGAGCAAUGAAAAAGCGUGUGAAAAAACAACUAAUAACACCGAAUUGAAUACUAGUUGCAGUAAAGUUACUCGCUCCUCACAGCAUAAAAAAGGAGUUGUAUCAGAAGAUAACCCAGAUACAUCAAGUAGCACCAAACUCGAUAGUAGUGUUACUGCUGAGAUCUCUGUACAUUGUAGUCCUGAUUUAGAACAUUCUUCAGACAGAAUUGUAAAUACGCCAAAGAAGAGUUGUCCAGUAAAUGAAGUUAAUCCCAAGAGUGUGUUACAGACAAGUGUUCAAAAAGAUGGUACUGAGAAUUUGCAGUGUACAGAAACUGGAGUGAGAAGUGAUAGUGGUGAUAACCAAAAAUCGUGUUCUGCUAAAAGGGAGUCUAGGUCAAAAAGUGUAUCAAGGACAAAUGUAAACAUCUUGGACCAAAUUAUGGCCAGUAUGAACUCAAAUAGUGCACCAAGGCUUAAAGAAGACAAUGACAUAGUUUAAAAGUUAGUAAAAUCCAUAUGUGCACCAGUUAGUGAAUUUUCACUGACAAAUAUAACUGCCUUCUUAGUUCACAAUUUUAAAAAAAUGUAAGUACUUUUACCUUGUGAGGAUUUUAAUAUACAUCUCUCUCUCUCUCUCUCUCUCUCUCUCUCUCUCUCUCUCUCUCUGUGUGUGUGUGUGUGUGUGUGUGUGUGUGUGUGUGUUUGUGAGAGAGAGAGAGAGAAUAGUAUGCAUAGCAUGUCAUAUAUUAUAGCAUGUAAAUGUAUUUGCAAACUUUAUUGCAUGAGAAACUUCCAGUUAAUUAUCUUGUAGGAGCACAAUUUGAACUUAAUUUCAGCUCUCCAAGCUGUCUUUAUGAGAUAUCAUGUGAUUGUAAUAGUAAUGGGUAGAUAUAGUGAUUAUGAAAGGCAACUCAGUG